UCCUAUCUCGUCAUUGUUUACGACGAGAUUAAAAAGUUCUGGACUCCUAAAACGAUAAGGAUUAAGAGUGGAUCAGAGUGAAAGAAAUUUGACCCAAGAGUACUGGGUGAAACACGAGAAUUUCAAGAUGAUUGGAUAAGUGAUUGUAUGUACAAACUGAGGAUAUACGAAAAGUCGUAGAACAAGUGUGACAAGUGUGGAAGCAAAAGCUAUGAAAAUCACCUUUAUUGUGACAACGUUUGGUGGCCUUUUCCUUCUGAUUUACCUUGUAAAAUGUAUUGACUCAGGGAAAGUUUACUCUGGGCACAAAGUUUUGAGAGUUAUUCCCCGAACAAAGGCACAGAUUAAUUUUCUCCGAUCACUUCAUGACCUUUUCAACAAUGAAGCUGUGGAUUUUUGGACUCAUUCUUCGCUUCGAGGAACACCUGUUGACAUUCGUCUCCCUCCAGGACAAGUUUAUAGAAACGUAACCUCUUUGUUGAAGGGUCAUAACAUCAACUUCCAAGUUCAAAUAUGCGACCUACAGUCUGCUAUUAGAAUACAAAACUGGAACUGGCGUGACAAACUUGAAGCCUCCUCAUGGUUUGAGAAAUAUCAUACCCUGCAAGAGAUUUUUUCUAAACUAGAGGAAACUACUGACAGAUAUAAGGGGAGAGCACGCAUGCUUACAUUUGGAAAGUCUUACGAAAGAAGGAAACUGAACGCUGUUGAGAUCACAUCAACUCUACAUAUCCCUAAGCCAUUGGUGUUCAUAAACUGUGGAAUUCACGCCAGAGAGUGGGUCUCUCCGGCAACAUGCAUGUACAUCAUAGAGCAGCUUACCUCCCAAUACCCUGAUGACAUCACGGUGCGACAAGUGUUGAACAAGGUUGAUUUUGUUGUCAUGCCUGUUUUUAAUGUGGACGGGUACGUUUACUCAUGGAAAAAGGACCGCAUGUGGCGGAAGAGUCGGAGUUUGAGCCCAGGCUCCUCAUGUGUUGGAACUGAUCUCAACCGAAACUGGGGUUUCCGGUGGGGUGAACCUGGCGCAAGCAACCACCCCUGCAGUGAAAGUUACCAUGGAAACAGUGCGAUGUCAGAGAAAGAAGUGCAAGCUGUUGCCAAGUAUCUUGAGUCCCUAGGGAGAAGACUGGUGGCUUUUAUGGAUAUUCAUUCUUACAGUCAGAUCUUAAUGUUUCCUUGGGGAUAUACAAAGACAAAGAGCAUCGACAACGAGGAACUGAUGCGAGUAAGUAGGGCUAUGGUGGAUGCAAUCAAAACGAAAGGAGGCGACAACACCAGCUACAUAUUUGGACAAACAUCUGACAUCCUGUAUAUCGAGUCAGGAACAACGAAAGAUUACCUCUAUGGCCAUUUAAAGGUAAAAUACACAUUCUCGAUGGAACUCAGGGACACUGGAAGACACGGCUUCCUUCUUCCUGCCAGGCUAAUAGUUCCCACAGCAAGAGAAGCUUUUGAAGGAAUCAAAGCUUUAGUCUUGAAUAUGCAAUUAAAUGUUUGAUGACAUACCUGAACAGAAACACUAAUUAGCUUAUCAGGGGAUAAUUACCAUCACGCACGUGAUUACGAAAAAACAUACAAUACAGUAUUACUUUGAAAAGAACUUUUCUUUAGGUCACUUUGAAUCCGUUCUCGAUGAGUUUACAUCGUAUUUCGUGGUUUAUUAGGGUCAGUUUUAUCGUUUUUCGUCAAGUUUAGAAUUAAAUGUCAGUCUUUGAACUAAAGUUACAUAUUCAUGAAGAAUUUACGUCCUCGCAAACCGAAGUAAACUUUCCAACCGUUAAAAAUCAAAACAAAUAGGAUUCAU